UGAUCCACGAGCUGAGGAGCGAAGGCUGACUGUGGAAAAUGCAAAAUGACAUAUAGCAAAUGUCCGAGCAUAAUUCAUUCACGUUUUCGCCACAAAGUCGGACUUGAAUCGCACCGCCGGAGCUCCAAUGUGACGAUGGCUCGUUAGGGCUGGUGGCGCGACUGCGAUUUUUUUUUUCUUUUUUGGGGGAUAUUUUAAUUUAUGAAAAAUCACAUUCUCGGACAAAUAUUGCUGUCAACAUGGGGCUCUGCUACAGUUUGCGUCCCCGGCUCUUCGGGGACCUGAGCGGGUCUAUCUCCAACGCUACCUCGGACUCGGACCAGCCUCCGGACGCCGCCGUGCCCACCCGCGCCGGGGGAGCUCGCCCGGAGGACACCGGGGGAUCCGGGGAGACUUCGUCGCUACGCGCCGGUGGCGGCCCGGUGCGCCCCGGGGACCCUGCUGCCAGGCUGCCGGCCGGGGAGCACCGCCGUGGAGACACCGGCACCGACGGUGUGCUCAUACAGAACGGAGGUGGAGGUGGCGGAGGAGGCGGCGGCGGUGGCGGAGGAGGCAGCAGCGGCAAAGGGACAGGGAAGGACCGCGGCCGACGCUUACAGCUGCUGCAAAAGCCCAGCACCCAAAAGCAGAAAAACUGGGACAAAUUGCUGGUGGAGGAGAAGGAGGCCGAGAAGGAUGCAAAGAAAGUCAGCAAGAACAUUGACAGGGAGCUGAAGGAGCAGAAGCGAGAGUACAAACAGACGCAUCGACUGCUGCUGCUCGGUGCGGGAGAGUCCGGAAAAAGCACCAUUGUGAAGCAGAUGAGGAUUCUACACGUCAACGGCUUCAACGCGGAAGAAAAAAAACAGAAAAUCCAAGAUAUUCGGAAAAACGUGAAGGAUGCCAUAGUGACUAUAGUGUCUGCGAUGAGCACUUUAAUACCCCCUGUACCAUUAGCCAACCCAGAGGACCAAUUCAGAAUCGAAUACAUCAAAAGCAUAGCACCUCUCUCUGACUUUGACUAUUCACAGGAGUUCUUUGACCAUGCAAAGAAGCUGUGGGAUGACGAAGGAGUGAAGGCAUGCUUUGAGAGGUCCAAUGAGUACCAGCUCAUCGACUGCGCACAAUAUUUCCUGGACAGAAUUGACUCUGUAAGACAGAGCGACUACACACCAACAGACCAGGACCUGUUACGCUGCCGAGUGUUAACUUCAGGGAUUUUCGAAACAAGGUUCCAAGUAGACAAAGUGAACUUUCACAUGUUUGAUGUUGGGGGCCAGAGAGAUGAGAGGAGAAAAUGGAUCCAGUGCUUUAACGACGUCACUGCUAUCAUCUUCGUGGUGGCCAGCAGCAGCUACAACAUGGUAAUAAGGGAAGACAAUAACACCAACAGGCUACGGGAAGCCUUGGACCUCUUCCGCAGUAUUUGGAACAACAGAUGGUUACGCACUAUAUCGGUCAUAUUAUUCCUGAACAAGCAGGACAUGCUAGCGGAGAAAGUAUUAGCUGGAAAAUCCAAAAUUGAAGACUACUUCCCAGAAUAUGCUCGCUACACCAUACCAAAUGAAGCAACUCCUGAACCUGGUGAAGACCCACGAGUGACAAGAGCCAAGUUCUUCAUCCGAGAUGAGUUUCUUCGGAUCAGCACUGCGAGCGGCGACGGCAGACACUACUGCUACCCCCACUUCACCUGUGCCGUGGACACAGAGAACAUCCGGCGGGUGUUCAACGACUGCCGGGACAUCAUCCAGAGAAUGCACCUGCGGCAGUACGAACUCUUGUGAUGGGAGACCGUCUCCGUCAGCCCGUCUUGUUUUCCUCCACCAUUGUGCAUCCUUGACAAACCCCACCUGCACCUGAACCUCCACCCUCCUCCUCCCCUAAGAAACCCUCAAUGAACCCUGACCACCCCUCCUGUCGAGGACUAUGAAGUACUACUGAAGUGUGUCAAAUACUCUUCCUCUUCUUAACUUCUUAGCUUUUUGUACUUCUUUUUUUCUCUCUCUCUCUCUCUCUGAGAACGAUUCAUCCCCAUUUCACUGAUGUAAAAGGAAGGAUGGGGAACAAAGUUGUUGCGUGCCGCUUCUUCUUCUUCUUUUUUUUUCUUUUUUCGUUCCUUUUGAAAUGCCUUGAUUUUUUUGUCAUUCCACUAAGCCUUGGGCUACCUCCUUCCCCCCGCCCCCCCUUUGUGUCCUUCUCUUUUUUGGCUUUGUCAUUGGACCUGGACUGGUGGGUGUGGCUACGUAAAACACACCUACAGGACCUCAGUGUAGAGGCAGUGUGUGUUAAUGUGUGUGUGUGUGUGUGAGAUGACGAGCAGGAGGAAUGCCAUGUGAGCAAGCGCGCACACGUGUGUGGGAAUGUUUGUGUGUCACCUGCUGGAUAAAGCCGGCAUCACCACCAUUCAAUUUUCCCCAUUUUUAAUUUUAAUUUUUUCUUUUCACGUCGCCCUCUCCGACCUCCUUCUUCUCUCCACGACUGGACGCUGAAGAUGAUGAGGGGAGGGUGCAGAGUGGAUGAAGAAAUAAAUGCACUUUGCAUCAGGUUCCUUAAUCAUUUUUCUUUUCUCUUCUUUGUUUUGUUUUUUUUUUUUGGUUGUUGUUUUUUCUCCAGAGGAAGCAUACACACAAUGUAGCAUCACAAUAUUUAUUACCCUGUCACGACGUUAGCUUGCCGAGCUGCAGGGUGGACCGAGCAGCCGAGCCACGUGUGGAGCGAAAGAUUACACGAUGACAGGAAAUCCGAGGAAGGCGACGGCGCGAUGAAGGAUUUUAAUGAAGGAAAAGGGGACUGAGCUCUCUGCACCUUAGCCCUGCUGCCUCCACGGACUCGGACCUGCCUCCUUUUUCCACACAAACCAUCCUUUUAUCUUAGAGAUACUGAUGGGAGGGGGAGGGGAGGGGAGGGGGAGGGUGGGGAGAGAUAAAAAUGUAUUGUUCUUUUUUUUUUCUUUUUUGUUAACUUGUACACUGUGCAAGGUUGAAUUAUCCUGUACAGACUGUAAAAUGUAAUAUUAUUUUGUACAACUUAAUUGAAAGAAAAACAAAUCUACUUGUAGAUCUUUGUGCCUUGAUUAUGGCUGUACCUGUAAAUGAGCUCAGAUGUAAGUAUGUUUUCGACUGCGCUGUACAGCUUGAUGUCAAACUCUAUCGGCAGCGGAAGACUGCGGGUAGGGGACUUUCUCUGUAGAGUUUAGUUUUUUCUGGUUUAUAAAAAAAAGGAAAUGCUGUUUAGUAAAAAAUAAAAAAUAGGGAAAAAAUCCUAAAAACCUGUAUACAUUAUGCAAAUUAACCACUUACCUGCAGUGAAGACCAGAUGUUGCAGCGCCAUGCCUUUUUUUUCUUUCUUUUAUUGGUUUUAAAUUUCUCCUCCUUUUUAUUUUUAUUUUCGUUUUUGAAUUUCACAGCUUUAAAGAAACAUUGGGAAUCCAUUGAGAAGUGUCCAAAUUGCAACCUGGUGUUGUUUUACUAGGAACCAACAUUUCUUUUUUUCUUUUUCUUUUCUUUUUUUUCGAUAUGAAGUGUGUCUGAGAUCUGUACUGAUGUGCGUGCCUGUGCGCAUGUGUACGUAAAAACAAACAUAGACUCACAGACGCAUUGUGUGUGCGUGCGUGCGUGAGGGCGCGUGAGUGUGCGUUGUGUGUAAAAUUUUAUAAAUGUAUGUACAUGUAAAUUUAUAGGUAUAUAUAAAUAUAUAUGUACAAUUAUACAUGUUUAAUUAUGUGUGUGCCUAGGUGUACAUACCUAUGUAUGUAUACGGUAAAUAUGUAUACAUACACACAUAGGGAAGCAUGUUUAGAAUGGAGAUGAAUAAAUGAGAGCGUGCAAUAUUAGUAAUUCUUUGGUCCUUUGGAGCCAUAACCAAUGGCACAGGCACUAUGAAUGUGUGAGCAGCACCCAACAAGACAAGCUCUUCUCCUUGUACAAACAGCAUCAGCCUUUUCUUCUGCUACAGUACACGUCUAUCCCCAAAAGAGAGUGAACUGACUGGAGGUGCAAAAACCUUGUUUGGCCUGGGAGGAUGAUUAAAUGACAUUUUUAUUUUCUUUAAAUAAAGAGGCACAUUAGAGGACUUUGCUUUAUUUCCA